CUUCCGGGUAAACAACGUGAGUGCAGAAUGUCCACAUGUCUUUAAAACAUGAGCCUAUUCUCACAGUACUGCUGGAUUUAACUCACCACAGCGGCGUAGCACGUUAUAGCGAUACUGUGUGGAGACUUUAGGAGCCAGUAGGUGUUCACUAUGGGUCACACCAGCCUGGAGAAGAUCAUUGCACUGCAGAAAAAUCCUGCAAACAUCAGGAACCUGUGCAUCCUGGCACAUGUUGACCAUGGCAAAACGACUCUCGCCGACUGCUUAGUGGCGAGUAAUGGAAUCAUAUCAAGUCGACUGGCUGGGAAGCUGAGAUAUCUGGACAGCAGGGAGGAUGAACAGAUCAGAGGAAUCACCAUGAAGUCCAGCGCCAUCUCUCUGCAUUACAGAAACGGAGAUCAGGACUACUUACUGAAUCUGAUCGACUCUCCCGGUCACGUCGACUUCUCCUCAGAAGUCUCCACCGCUGUCAGGCUGUGUGACGGCGCCAUCGUGGUUGUUGAUGCCGUGGAGGGAGUCUGUCCACAGACUCAGGUUGUGCUGCGUCAAGCAUGGCUGGAGAACAUCAGGCCCGUUCUGGUCAUCAAUAAGAUCGAUCGACUCAUCGUGGAGCUGAAACUCACCUCUCAGGAAGCUUACGUCCACCUGCAGAAGAUCCUGGAACAGGUGAACGCGGUGACGGGGUCUUUGUUCACAUCCAGAGUGCUGGAGGAGCGAGCAGAGAAAGACAAGAAGGAGCAGGAGGAGGAGGAUGAGAAAGAGAGUGAGACACCGAGUGGAGAUCAGGUUUAUGACUGGAGCGCUGGGCUGGAGGACGCUGAUGACUCCCAACUCUACUUUUCUCCUAACCAAGGAAACGUGGUGUUUGCCAGCGCCAUAGACGGAUGGGGUUUCAGCAUCCAGCAGUUUGCCCACAUCUACAGCCAGAGGAUGGGCAUUAAGGCCGAGGUGCUGCUCAAAACCCUGUGGGGAGAUUUCUACCUCAAUGCAAAAGCAAAGAAAAUCAUGAAAGGAGCUCAGGCCAAAGGGAAGAAGCAGCUGUUUGUGCAGCUCGUGCUGGAUAACAUUUGGAGUUUAUAUGAUGCUGUGGUCAUCAGGAGAGACAAAGAGAAGGUGGAGAAGAUGAUGACAUCACUCGGGGUCAAGGUGAUGGCCAGGGACUCUCGUCACUCCGACCCCAAAGUCCUCCUCUCUGCCAUCUGCAGCCAGUGGUUACCGGUGUCCCAGGCUGUCCUCUCGAUGGUGUGUGAGAAACUUCCCAGUCCGUUAGACGUGGCGGCAGAGAGGGUGGAGAAACUGAUGAGUGUCGGAGCGCGACGAUUCGACUCGUUGCCUGAACAGACGCAAGAGCUGAAAAGAGCGUUCCUCCAGUGUUCGAGUGGGGAGAAUGAUCCGCUCAUCAUCUUUGUCUCCAAGAUGUUUGCCGUGGACACCAAGGCCUUGCCUCAGAACAGACAGAGGCCGUUGACCCAGGAGGAGAUUUCCCAGCGCAGGGAGCUGGCUAGACAGAGACAUGCUGACAGGAUGGCAGCUGAUCAGACAGCAGCAGAGAACCACAAAGACCUCACCAACUCAGGGUCGACGCCACAGGACGGCCAACCUGCAGGAAUUGGCACAGCUAAGAUGGAGAGUCUGACACUGAGAGACUCAAAGCCAGGCGAGGAAGAGGAUCAGCAGACCUUCAUAGCGUUCGCGCGGGUCUACAGCGGGGUGGUCAAGAAGGGACAGAGAGUGUUUGUACUGGGACCAAAGUAUGACCCCGCCCACGGCCUGAACAUGCUGCCAGAGGGUUGCAGUGCUUCAGACCGUGUACCAGAGGUGCCACAUUUGUCCUGUUGUUCCAUGGAAAACCUCUACCUGCUGAUGGGCAGAGAGCUGGAGGAGCUGGAGGAGGUGCCCGUAGGAAAUGUCCUGGGUAUUGGGGGUCUGGAGGAGUGCAUCUUGAAGUCGGCCACCCUGUCGACCUCCCCCGCCUGCCCGCCCUUCAUCCCGCUCAACUUUGAGGCCACGCCCAUUGUACGGGUUGCCAUAGAACCCAAACAUCCAAGUGAGAUGCCGAAGCUGGUCCAUGGGAUGCGUCUGUUGAACCAGGCGGAUCCCUGUGCUGAGGUUCUGAUCCAGGAAACAGGAGAACACGUUCUGGUCACCGCUGGUGAGGUCCAUCUCCAACGCUGCCUGGACGACCUCAGAGACCGGUUUGCUAAAAUUGAGAUCAGCGCGUCCAAGCCCAUCAUCCCAUUCAGAGAGACGGUGAUACGUCCUCCAAAAGUGGACAUGGUGAACGAAGACCUGGGCAAGCAGCACAAAGUAGCCAUCAUUCACCAGGUGAAAGAAGAGGCCUCUCAGGGACGUUCGUCUGACACUCUACAUGUCGACCCCGGCGGUCUGGUCACCCUCACCACCCCCAACAGACUGGCCACUGUCAGCGUCCGGGCGAUCCCCCUGCCACAGGAGGUGACCAGUCUGUUGGAGAGUAGCACGGAGCUGAUUCGGACUCUGGAGCAGAUAAACAUGUCCCUGAGGGAGGGGAAGAGUCUGGAUGUCAGCCCCAGGACCCUGGAGGCCAUCACCGGACUCAAAGCCCAGCUGGAGAGCCUGCUGCAGGGGAGGAAGUGGAGGAAUGCCGUGGAGCAUAUCUGGGCCUUUGGGCCUCGCAGAUAUGGUCCCAACAUCCUGUUGAACAGUGUGGAGGGCUACCAGCGGCUCUCGGUGUGGCAUUGUCUGAGCAGGGGGGACAAAGCCGUCGAGGCCGGAGCUCAGGCCUCCGUUAUACGAGACUUGGAUAACAGCGUCAUCAGCGGCUUCCAGCUAGCGACUCUGUCGGGGCCCAUGUGUGAGGAGCCCCUGAUGGGAGUUUGCUUCUCUGUGGAGAAGUGGGACUUCCAGUCUUCAGCCCUGCCACCACAACAUCAGGGCUCCUUGGAGGAGGAGGACUCCGUAUCCCAUCAGGCUUCAGCAGACAGCAAAGUGGAAGGAAGCAAUGAGACGUAUGUACCCAGCCAGGCCAGACGCAGGCCGGAGGCGGCCUCUGCAGGCUGCUACGGGCCCGUCUCCGGCCAGCUCAUCGCUGCCAUGAAGGAGGCCUGCCGCCACGCCUUCCAGGUUCAGCCCCAGAGACUCAUGGCUGCCAUGUAUACCUGUGAGAUCAUGGCCACGGCUGAGGUGUUGGGCCGAGUGUACGGUGUACUGGGGAAGCGAGAGGGUCGCGUCCUCCAAGAAGAGAUGAAGGAAGGGACGGACAUGUUCAUCAUCAAGGCCGUUCUGCCCGUGGCCGAGAGCUUCGGAUUUGCAGACGAGAUCCGCAAGAGGACCAGCGGCUUGGCCAGUCCACAGCUGGUCUUCAGCCACUGGGAGGUGAUCAGCAGCGACCCAUACUGGGUUCCCACCACCGAGGAAGAAUACCUGCACUUCGGGGAGAAAGCAGACUCUGCAAACCUGUCCCUCAAAUACAUGAACGCUGUCCGCCGCCGCAAAGGCCUCUACGUGGAGGAGAAGAUAGUGGAGCACGCAGAGAAGCAGAGAACACUCAGCAAGAACAAGUAGAGAAGAAAACACACACACACACACACACACAGAAGAUACCUCCGGUAGCAGCUGCUCCUCCAGUCUGGCUGUGACACACUGGUGACGUCCAUCCAUCCAUCCCGGUCUGCAGAUACAUACUGUACACCGUGGAGUCACUCUAUUCUCAAAGAUACCUCCGUCACAGCAGCAGUGGAACCACUCGUACUGUUCAUUCAACAGUUUACACCAUUUACAAUACACAUGUUUGGUCAUGAUUAAUUGGAGUGAAUGAUACAUAUUGAGGAUAAAAUAUGUAUCCCAAAGUCUGUUGUGUUUUUUAGGAAUCAUUUGUCUUUAAGGCUAAUAUGUUCAUGCAGAAAUAGAGCAUGGGCAGUAAAUACUGGCCAAUCAAAUGGCCCCAUUGGAUUGUAAAUGAUAAGUUAAAUAAACAAAUGUGUGGAUAUGGA